GCUCCGGGCCUCUCAACCAUGGCCCCGUGACCCCGUCCCGUUCCGUUCCGUUGGCUCGAACGCCCCUCGUGCAGGUGCAGCGCAAGUGGUGGCGGUUGCCCUAUAUAACACGCGCAACGCAAAGAUUGCCCUCCAAAUCCAGACGCCUGCUUGCUCUAGCUUGUUAUUAGCCAUCUCCAUCCUACGCCGCAACAGCUAUAGCAACCAUGGCCACCGCCACCACUUGAGAGAGAGGGAGGGAGGGAGAGAGAUCAGAGGGCUAGCUAGCUCGCAGCCCCGUCGCUGUCACCGCCUGGCUUUCCUCCUUACCUUGGCUCGCGCUGCGGCCGAGUGAGAACAAGGUCGCCGUCGCUCCAGGCCACCGAUCGAUCCCGUCCAUCCGCACGUACGGUUGCACCGUCGCGCUCACAGCUAGCUAGCUACCUAGCCCGCCCUGUCAAUCGCCUGUCUUGGCUGGCUAGCUCCUCCCUCCUCCGGAGCUAGCUAGCAGGCUACUCGUAGUCGUAGGCUGCUAGCUGCAGCCAGCGGCCGGCCAUGAGCGUCAAGCAGCAGCCGCCGCCGUCCUCGUCGUCGACGGCGGCCGCCUUCUACGCGACGCUGGCGCGGGGGCUCGACGACCUGGACCGCUCGCUGGCCUCGUCGGCGUUCCUGUCGCUGCCGUCGCUCCGGGCCGCGCUGGCGCUGCUCCGCGCCGCGCACGCCGGCCUGGCGCGCCUCGUCGCGUCGCUCCACCUCCCCGGCGGCGCCGCCUGGCUCGACGAGUACAUGGACGAGGCGUCCAGGCUCUGCGACGCCUGCCGCGCGCUCCGCGUCGGCGCCGCCGCCGUCGAGGGCUUCGCCGGCAGCGCCGCGCAGCUCGCCUCGCUCCUCAUGCAGGCGACGCCAUCCAGCCCCCACCUCUCGCGCCAGCAGGUGGCGCGCGCCAUCUGCGUGUGCAGGAGGGAGGCCAUGGCGCUCAAGGAGGAGAACCGCGCGCUGGUCGAGGCUCGCGCGGAGGCGCUCGCGCUCCGCCUCAGCGAGGGCGUCCCCGCCGACGCUAAGCUGGGCGGCUUCAACGGCUUCCGUGGCGUGCUCUGCGCCACCAGGAUGCUCACCUCCUUCCUGCUCACGCUCCUCUCCUGGGGCGUGCUCCACUACCGGGCCGACCCGGCCAGCGCGGGCGCCGGGGCCGGCGCCGCCGGGGACUGCGCCGCCUACUUCGGCGCGGCGUUCGCAGCGGCGCUUGCCCGCGCGCAGCAGCGGGCGGCAGCGGAGGCCGGCCGGUCGGUGGCCGCGGCGGGCGGCGGCGCCGGGGUGAUGAUGCACGAGUUCCGGCGCGCGUGCGCGGCCGUGGAGGAGGCCAAGGAGGCCGCGGAGCGCGGCGGCGACGUGGCGGCGGCGGCCGCGGAGGUGGGCCUGCGCGCGGGCGCGCUCCGGGCCGCGUGCGAGGACGUCCUGGCGCUCAUCGACGACCUGUUCGACGAGGUGGUCGAGGCGAGGAAGAAGCUGCUGGACCUCUGCAGCGGCGGCAACUGAGCGGCCGGCCCGGCCGGCCACGAGUACAGGAGGAAACCCCAUGGCCUCCCUGGCUCAUGAGCCGCCUGCAUUGCAGUGGCAUGGCAGGAGGUCAUGCCAGAGCAGGAGGGGCCCUGGUGGUUGCCAUCCUGCGUCCCUUCUUCCUCGAGUGCCUCUUCUGUUGCAUCUUCUCUGUAGUAGCCAUGACAGUCCUUGGGCAUGUCUGAUCAUAAAUGCACUAGCACGUACAAGUGAAUGCAAAAAGAAAAAAAAAAGUGAGACUUGACAACAGUAGUGUUCUUCUAUAUGGUAGCCAACAGAUAAUUCCUAGGUUUCUGAUGAAGUGAAGUGAUCAUCAAGGUUUAACUUUGGCAGGUUGACUCCACGAAAUGCUAAACAAUUGUUGA